CACACCACUGUACUCCAGCCUGAGUGAUAGAACAGAACUCUGUUUAAAAAAAAAAGAAAAGGAUCAGGCUUCUGGUCUUUCUGCAAAAGUGGGCACUCCAUAUGGAGAUGCCAUAUGAGGGCCAUGCUGGCCGCAUUGUGGGGUUUUACUUUGUUUUGUUUGAGACGGAGUCUGGCUCUGUCAUCCAGGCUGGAGUGCAGUGGUGUUAUCUCAGCUCACUACAACCUCCGCCUCCCGGGGCUCAAGUGAUUCUCAUGCCUCAGCCUCCUGAGUAGCUGGGAUUACAGGCAUGCGCUAACAUGUCUGACUAAUUUUUGUGUUUUUUAGUAGAGACAGGGUUUCGCCAUGUUGACCAGGCUGGUCUUGAACCCCUGGCCUCAGGUGAUCUGCCCGCCUUGCCCUCCCAAAUUGUUGGGAUUACAGGCAUGAGUCACUGCAUCUGGCCUCUAUUGUGGUUUUGAAGGGGCAGUGAAAUGAUGCUGGUGAAAGUGCCUGCACCGUGCUCACGGCUAGCACAGGCUCAGAAAAGGCAUGCUCCUUUCCUUCCCCCGAGUUCUCAAGCUCUCUCCCCAUCUUGCCCAACCUCUCCUCUCUUCAGGGCUCAGCCUGUUGCUGCUUCCCUUGCUCCUGGUGCAAGCUGGCGUCUGGGGAUUCCCAAGACCCCCAGGAAGGCCCCUGCUGAGCCUGCAGGAGCUGCAGAGGGAGUUCACCGUCAGCCUUCAUCUCGCCAGGAAGCUGCUCUCCCAGGUUCGGGGCCAGGCCCACCGCUUUGCGGAAUCUCACCUGCCAGGAGUGAACCUGGACCUCCUGCCCCUGGGAGAGCAGCUUCCCGGUGUUUCCCUGACCUUCCAGGCUUGGCGCCGCCUCUCUGACCCGGAGCGCCUCUGCUUCCUCUCUACCACACUUCAGCCCUUCCAUGCCCUGCUGGGAGGGCUGGGGAGCCAGGGCCGCUGGACCAACACAGAGAGGAUGCAGCUGUGGGCCAUGAGGCUGGACCUCCGGGAUCUGCAGCGGCACUUCCGCUUCCAGAUGCGAGCUGCAGGAUUUCGCCUCCUGGAAGAGGAGGAGGAGGAGGAGGAGGAGGAGGAGGAGCACGAAGGGAAGGGGCUGCUCCCAGGGGCACUGGGCAUUGCCUCACAGGUGCCGGCGCAGGUGUCCUGGCCCCAGCUCCUCUCCACCUACCGCCUAUUGCACUCCUUGGAGCUCGUCUUAUCUCGGGCCGUGCGGGACUUGCUGUUGCUAUCCAAGGCCAGGCACCCAGUCUGGGCCCUGGGGUCCCCAACACUGGGCCCCAGCCCUGAUCAGGUGGCUUCUUAGCCCCCUGCCCCUCACCCUUUAGGACUUUCAGAUUGGAGUCUUGACACCCGGGCAGCCUCCGAAUCAUCAGCCUUGGACAAGAAAGGCUGUUUCAGCCUGCUGCCCCGGGCGCUACCCACUAACUGAAAGCCCCUCCAGUCCUCGCCAGCUAUUUAUUUCCUGGAUACUUAUUUAUUGUUUAGGGAGAUGAUGGUUUAUUUAUUGUCUCGGGGCCUGCUGGUCCUCCAAGGGCAGGACCCCCAUGCUGGGUGCCUAAUAAAACACUCUCACCCA